AUUUUUAUAAUAAUUAUCUAAAAUGGUUUAAUUUAAUUACAUUCUACAGACAGAUUUACCGUACGGUUUUCAUAAAAAAAAUCCUGUGAUGAAUCUUUUGUGUAAAUGAUUACUAAAUUUUCUUCUGUUUCAAGUGAUAACCUUUAGAUAUCUGUUCAAAAUGUCUUCGUCAGCUAUAUACAUACUCGACGUAAAGGGAAAAGUUCUGAUUUCGAGGAACUAUCGUGGAGAUGUCGAUAUGGGUGUAAUAGAUAAGUUUAUGCCCCUUCUAAUGGAGAAGGAAGAGGAAGGUAUGCUCACACCUUUGCUACAAACUAGUGAGUGCACUUUUGCCUACAUAAAGACAAACAAUCUUUAUAUUGUUUCUACGACGAAGAAAAAUGCGAAUAUCGCUCUCGUUUUCGUGUUUCUUUAUAAAAUAGUAGAAGUUAUGACAGAAUACUUUAAAGAACUUGAAGAGGAAAGUAUUAGAGACAAUUUUGUUGUAAUUUACGAAUUGCUGGAUGAGUUACUGGAUUUUGGAUAUCCACAAACAACAGAUAGCAAAAUUUUACAAGAAUAUAUUACUCAAGAGGGUCAUAAACUUGAAAUGCAACCUCGCAUACCAAUGGCUGUAACAAAUGCAGUUUCUUGGAGAUCAGAGGGUAUUAAGUAUAGAAAAAAUGAAGUCUUCUUGGAUGUAAUUGAGUCUGUAAAUCUUCUGGCCAAUUCAAAUGGAAAUGUGUUAAGAAGUGAGAUAGUGGGCGCCAUCAAAAUGAGAGUUUACUUGUCAGGCAUGCCCGAGUUACGUUUGGGCCUGAAUGAUAAAGUUCUCUUUGAAAGUACUGGAAGAGGCAAGUCAAAAUCUGUUGAGCUGGAAGAUGUAAAGUUUCACCAAUGUGUUAGAUUGUCACGAUUUGAAAAUGAUAGGACAAUCUCCUUCAUCCCUCCUGAUGGCGAGUUUGAGCUUAUGUCAUAUAGACUCAACACUCAUGUCAAGCCUCUGAUUUGGAUUGAGUCUGUCAUUGAACGCCAUGCUCAUUCUAGAGUCGAGUACAUGAUUAAAGCUAAGUCACAGUUCAAACGUCGCUCGACUGCAAAUAAUGUUGAGAUUAUUAUACCUGUGCCAGCUGAUGCAGAUUCUCCGAAAUUUAAGACGACUAUUGGCAGUGUUAAGUAUACCCCUGAGCAGAAUGCUAUAACCUGGUCCAUUAAAUCAUUCCCUGGAGGCAAAGAGUACUUAAUGAGGGCGCAUUUUGGAUUACCCUCUGUUGAAUGUGAAGAUACAGAUGGUAAACCUCCAAUUCAGGUUAAAUUUGAAAUUCCAUACUUUACAACAUCUGGGAUUCAAGUUAGAUACCUAAAAAUUAUUGAAAAAAGUGGCUACCAAGCCUUACCCUGGGUAAGAUAUAUUACCCAAAACGGUGACUAUCAAUUGAGAACUAAUUAAAAAGGUUUAAGUAUUGUUUUGUUACAUUCCUUAUUCUACAUUAUAAGUAUGCAUUGUACUAGUAUAAUAAUCACAUUUUAGAAAUUAUCAGUUGUAUUUUCAAAGUAUUGUUAUUAUGUUAGACAUUUGACACUAAUAAAUAUUCACAAAUA